AUGGAAAAUUGGGCAGCCAUUGGUAAUGGACAAGGAAGGAUAACCAUUAAUCAGGCUUUUUCAGGACUCUACUAUUGGCGUUGGCCAUAUGCGAUUGUCUAUUUCUGGUUUUCGCCACACUUGACGUUUUACCAUCGAGCGAUUCCAUCGUUGGCGUUUUCGCCACAUUUCAACUAUAUCUACAUGCAUAUCUGUCUGUAUAUUCGCACGCUGGCUUCAACAUUCUACAAGAGUAGCGUUCUAAUUGUCGUCGCUUUCAACGUGGAACGAUACAUCUGCGUGCUUCACCCGUUUAGCUGUCAUCGUAUUUGUACCGGAAGGGCGUCACGCUUUGCUAUUGCCGCUUGCAUGGUCGUCUCUUUUCUGUGCUCACUGCAAUGGCCGUUAGCCUAUGAAGUUCGACAUUGCUAUGAACAUAUUAGUCAAAACUUCUAUUAUGUGGUCCUAAUGUCCGAUAAUGAGACCUUGAAGGCACCAGCUCGAUUGCUUGUUUGA